AUGAAUUCAAAUUCAUCUUCUAAACGUCGUUUUCAAUUUAAGAAAAUUGCGAAAAGUGCCAUUAAAGAUGUUUUUAUGGAAUAUGAAACACCAAAAUUAGUUGUCAUAAAUAAUCCAAAAUAUGCUACUUUACUUCGUAUUAUACAAAUUAUUAUUCUUAUUUAUUCUGUACUAUAUUUACUUAUAUAUGAAAAAGGUUAUCAAAAAGAAGAUACAGCACCUAUAUCAGCAGUAACACUUAAAGUAAAAGGUAUCGGUUAUGCUUAUACACCAGACAAUCAAACAAUAAUUAUUGAUGGAGCAGAUUAUAUUAUUCCACCAUCAGAAAAUAAUGCUAUUUUUAUCAUGACAAAUUUUAUUCGAACUGAUCAAAUACGAACUAAAUGCGCUGAAGCUACAAAAAUUAAAGGAGCAGUAUGUAAAAGUGAUAGUGAUUGUUCUAAUAAACCAUUUACACCAACUAUGAAUGGACGUUGGACAGGUCGAUGUUUAUUAUCACCAGAAACAAAUGUUCUCAAUCGGAUAAAAAAUAAUACAAAAACUCCAACUGGUUUAUGUGAAUAUGCAGGUUGGUGUCCACCAGAAGAUGAUCAAACAUCGACAAUGAUUGUUCAAGAAGUUCGUAAUUUUACAAUAUUUAUGAAAAACUUUAUUGAAUUUCCAACAUUCGAAGUUAAACAUAAAAAUAUGGUUGAUGAAUUAACUAAACCAUGUAUUUUUCAUCCAAAAACUAAUAAAGAUUGUCCAAUAUUUACUAUUGAUCAUAUAAUAAAUGAAGCUGAAAAAAAUUUAAGUGAACAUAGUUUAAUGUUACAUUAUGGUUGUGUUAUACGUAUGAAAGUUGAUUGGGAUUGUAAUUUAGAUCGAAAAAUAAAAUUAUGUAAACCUGAAUAUUCAUUUGCUCGUCUUGAUAUACCUUUUUAUGAGAAUCCAUUUUCACCUGGUUUUAAUUUUCGUUAUGCUACUUCUUGGAAACAAAAUCAAACAUAUGUUCGUGCAUUAACUAAAGCUUAUGGUCUUCGUUUAAUAAUUGCUAUUACUGGUAAAGCUGGAAAAUUUGAUUUUAUUACAUUAACUUUAAAUAUUGGUUCAUUAGUUGGAAUAUUUGGUUUAGCAACAUUUAUAUGUGAUAUUGCUAUACUUCAUUUAUCAAAAAAAGCACAUACUUAUCGGAAACAUAUCUUUGACACUGUUCAAUUGUCAGCACGUCCUGAUACUAUACUAGAAUUGGCAAAAAGACAUAUGAGAAGAGCUAGUAGAUUUCCAGUUCCCCCUUCAACUAUAGCAGAAGAAUCAUCAGCUGAAACACCUGAUGAUAUGCUAACAUCUCCAGAACAAGCCGUUACGAUGGAUCCAGAUAAUGCUAUGAAUUCGGAUCAAUAA